AAUCCUUCUACAGUUUCAAGAAUAUUUACUGAAUGUCUUCAUUUUUUAAGUUCAAAGACUAAAGACUUUAUUUUUUGGCCCGAUAAAUAUUCAGUAAAACAAUGUUUACCUGAAGCUUUUAAAAUAAAUUAUCCAGAUUGCAGAUGUAUUAUUGAUUGUACUGAAGUUAAGGUCGAGCAACCAAAUACUGUAGAACAACGGGUUUAUUUAUAUUCAAGAUAUAAAAGUAGUUAUACAAUAAAAUUUCUUGUGGCAAUCAACCCAAAUGGAAUGAUUUGUUUUGUUUCAAAAUGUUAUGGUGGUAGGUCAAGUGACUCAUAUAUUACAAACGAUUCAGGAUUUUUAAAAAAAUUAGAACCCGGUGAUCAGGUACUUGCUGACAAAGGGUUUCCUGGCAUACAAACUGAAAUUGAAAAUAGUAACAGUAUUUUAAUUAUGCCUCCAAUAUUGCAUAAUGGCCGUUUUUCCGAGACAGAAAUACUGGAAACAUAUAGUAUAGCUAGUGUUCGUAUACACAUUGAAAGGGUCUUUGCACGAAUGAAAAUGUAUGGUAUCCUUAAUAAAUUAAAAAUUAACCUUCUUCCCCAUGUUGAUGAUAUUGUACAUAUAUGUUGCGUUUUAACCAAUCUGCAAUUACCUAUAAUUAAGUCUUAUGGUGUAUUUUUUUUUGUUUAA